AUGAGUGGCACGUUGGCGAGCCGCGCAUUGACGAGUCGCCAAGCCGAAGAACUACACAAGUCCAUAAUAGCAUACCUCGAAGCAAAUGAACUGAAAUCAACCGCCGGCGUACUGAGAACCGAGUUGAGCCUCGACGAAGAUGCCUUCGAUGCACCCGCAGCGAAAAAAUAUGAGGCGCUCCUGGAGAAGAAAUGGACAAGCGUUGUUCGGUUACAAAAGAAGGUAAUGAGCCUCGAGUCUCAAAACGGGACACUGCAAUCCGAAGUCGAUAACGCAACUCCUACCUCCCUCUCCCGGCACCAGGAUCCUAUUUCUUGGCUUCCCAAACCCACACCUCGACAUACUCUUGAAUCGCAUCGGGAUGUUAUACACUGCGCUGCUUUCCAUCCGAUAUACACUUCCGUCGCGACCGGGUCUGAGGAUAAUACGAUCAAAAUAUGGGACUGGGAACUUGGCGAGCUGGAACGGACCAUCAAAGCGCAUACUAGACCGGUGCUCGAUAUGGAUUAUGGCGGUCCCAGAGGUGGUACCCUCCUGGCAUCCUGCAGCUCCGACCUGACGAUCAAGCUAUGGGACCCAGCAAACGAUUAUCAGAAUAUCCGAACUUUGGCAGGCCACGACCAUAUCGUCAGCGCUGUCCGCUUUGUGGGUUCUGGAGCCGGGAAUUUGCUUGUCAGUGCAAGUGGAGACAAAACCAUCAAGAUUUGGAACGUUAAUACGGGUUUUUGCGUGACGACACUACGUGGCCACGCGGGCUGGGUGCGAGACGUUUGCUCUUCGCUCGAUGGACUCUUUCUACUGUCUGCCAGUAAUGAUCAUACUGUUAGGUUGUGGGAUAUGUCUGGGCCAACUCCAGAAAACAAGCUAACAAUGAUCGGCCACGAAAACGUUACGAAAUGUUGCGCUUUUGCACCAUCCACUUCGUAUCCAUUUUUGGCAUCUCUGGCCGGAUACUCGAAACCGCCACCAUCAAACAGCACGGCAGAGUUUAUGGCGACAGGUUCCCGAGAUAAGACCAUCAAGCUAUGGGACGCUCGAGGGACCUGUAUCAAGACCCUGGUUGGUCAUGAUAAUUGGGUGAACGCUCUUGUUUUCCACCCCGGCGGCAAGUAUCUGCUUUCAGUGGCAGAUGACAAGACGUUACGAUGUUGGGAUCUGAGCCAGGAGGGGAAGUGCGUCCGGGUACUGGAAGGUGUACAUGAUCAUUUCGUCACCUGUUUGAGGUGGGCGCCGACGAUUGUUAAGGAUGAGGUCAAUGGUGGAGCGGUGUCGGGGCAGGACAAUGGAACGCCGAAGAAGGGCGGCCAAGCUACCUCUGAUGUACAGAUUCGCUGUGUCAUCGCCACUGGAAGUGUGGACAUGAAGUUGAGGAUAUUUGCCAACUAA